AUGUUGAUGUCGAAUCGGAAAGAUGGCGACGAGGACGACGACGGUGACGAAGAUGAGGACGACGAAGACUACGAAGACGAUGAUGAGGGGGGCGAGGACAACGAAGACGACAAGGUUCAGGUCUUACAAUCCUCCAGAGGGCCACCGGUUCAGUCGGCGGAUGACGACGAGGACGACGAUGGUGAAGGCGGAGACGACGAUGACGAUGGUGAAGGCGGAAACGACGAUGACGAUGGUGAAGGCGGAGACGACGAUGAUGAUGGUGAAGGCGGAGACGACGAUGACGAUGGUGAAGGCGGAGACGACGAUGACGAUGACGAUGACGAGGAUGAAGACGGUGAAGAAGUCUCAUCUGGGCUGCGAGUUUGCGAGUUUGCGAGUUUUCAUCUGCGACUUCUGGGUGGGGGUGGCCAUGGUUUUUAA